UUUUACAUCGCAAAUCCUUAUCGUUUCUCACUGACUGGUCAUGUUGAAUAUCGUGCCGCGAUUGGGAUUAUUAGUAGGAAACUGGUGACCGGUAGCUAUUGAUCCAGGGUUACUGUGCACCAAAGGACCCCUUUAAAAGAAGUUAAAAUGGAUCUCCUCCAUCUGCAACAGGAUCCCAAAGUUGCUACGUGCAACUGUUCCAUCAGUAGCUUCAAGCAGGACGUUUAUCCCACCUCCUAUUUCCUCACUUUUGUCCUGGGCCUGACAGGCAACAUCAUGUCACUCUUCUACUUUGUGGUCUCAUACCGGAAGAAAAAGAUCUUCAGUUCAGUGAAACUCUACAUGGUCAAUCUCCUUUUGUCUGACUUCAUGCUGGUGUGCUCUUUGCCUCUGCGUGCCUCCUACUACCUAAUGGACACAUGGAUCUUUGGCGACGUUGCAUGCCGAGUCAUCUCCUAUGUCUUCUACAUCAACAUGUAUAGCAGCAUCUAUUUCUUCAUGGUGUUGAGCACCAUGCGAUGCCUGGCUGUCACCUGUCCGUACAGGUAUGUCCAACUGCAGAGCAGCAGAAGUUCCUGGGUCGUGUGUUCGGUUGUCUGGAUAUUUGUGUCUCUGGCGGCUGUGCCCUUGCUGAAAGAAGGGAUCAUCCAAGGUGAUGAUGACAAGGUGAGGUGUCUGGAAUUAAACACGAGAAAUAUAAGCAUCAUGGUUAACCUCAACUAUGCCACCUUAGUGAUUGGUUUUGUCCUGCCUGGUGUGGUCAUCACCGUCUGCUACAUUGUUAUGGUGUGCAGGUUGAUGAAACCAAAAAAGGAGCUAGGGAUCAAGAGCCCCAGCUACAAGAAAUCAUGUGCCCUGGUGAUAAUCAUAAUGAUUAUCUUCCUGGUUUGCUUCUUGCCCUAUCAUGUCGUGCGCACCGUCUUUCUCCACGUCGAAAAGGAAGUCAGCACAAAUGGCUGUAGCAAUUCCUGCCAGUACGUAACCAGAGUCCGCAAAGCAGCUGUGAUCACGCUCUGCCUCGCCGCUGGGAACAGCUGCCUGGAUUCUGUGCUUUUCAUCUUCAUGGGAGGGAACAUCUGCAAUUUUUACCAAAAAGAGGCUAAAAGACGAUCCAUAUGGAACAAUAGGUGCGAGCUGGUGGAUUCACCAAAUGCUGACCUCCAGGAACUGAACAUCAAAUCGCAUCAUUGAGAUGAAUGGUAAUCCAGGUCAUUUAUAUCAACGAGACAUCUUCAGCUCUUCGGAGAACAGCCUUCUGGGUUAAUACCAUUUCUGCUCCUUAAUUUGAUUGAUGUUGAUAUUAUUGAGAUUAGUACUGGUGUUUUAUAGCAGGUGCCAGAAUGAGCCUUAACAUUAUGUUUCAUUCCUCUCUUAACCUUAACAUUCUGUUUCAUUCCCACUUAAUUUUCAGCUGUCUAAAUAAAAAGUCUAAGAAAUCUCCUUUAGCCUCCCUUAACGAGGAUGCUUGUGCUGAUUAAAUUAUAAAGAUGCUGUAAAUUACAGCCAUUGAACUGCAUUGUCAUGAAACAUGGUUUUAAGUCUAGUGCUUCUUAGCUAUCCCCCACCAAUCCUAAUCAGUUAGCGAACGUCAUGUGUGUCUCUGUUAUCACGAGUUUCUGUCAGGCUCUGUGCGAUAUGAGUUUUUCUUUGCGAAUGCUGUGGCCAAAAACGUUUGAUCUUUUUGGUGGAUUUUCUCAAAAUGUGCGAUGCAUGUUGUGAAGCUCCGUGUGGAGAAUAUGCUUACAAAAGUUCAGGAUUAGGAUGUAACUUUGGUUUGACCAUUGGGGGGAGUUGAGGUUUCCACCCAUUUAGGGGGAGACAUGAUUAUCGGGAGGGUUGUAUUAGCCAGUUUUGAUUAUUGGGGGGGUUGUGCCCCCCCCCCCAUGGUUCAGGAACAAAGAGACAUAAAUAAUUACUUUCUAUUUCUUUUUUGUAUGACAUAAACAUUUGUCGAUGUAAAAAAACGUUUGGUCUUUUGGUUCCAGUGAUGUUUCCAAAUAAACUCUCAGUUUAACAUUAGCAGCAAAUAAAAUCAAACACAUUAACAGAAAAAUGUA